UUCAAUCUGCACCGUUUGUUUACAAUUUAUUUGUUACCGACAAUUUCUGCUUCUAACUCUACAUUGUAUGCACAGCUGAAUAUUGUUGAAGGAAAGAUGCAAUAUUUGUUUGAUGAGAGUGGCAAGCGCUAUCUUGAUGCAUUUGCUGGAAUAGUUACCGUGUCUUGUGGUCAUUGCCAUCCUCAAAUUUUGGAUGCAAUAGUGGAACAAAGCAAGCUUCUUCAGCAUGCUACAACCAUUUACCUACACCACGCCAUAGCUGAUUUUGGAGAGGCAUUGGCAUCUAAGAUGCCCGGAAACCUAAAGGUUGUGUAUUUUGUAAAUUCUGGAACCGAAGCAAAUGAAUUAGCAAUGCUAAUGGCGCGACUAUACAGUGGUAAUCUUGGUAUGAUCGCCUUGAGGAAUGCCUAUCAUGGUGGAAGUGCUGGUACAAUUGGAUUAACGGCUCUUAACACAUGGAAGUACCCAAUACCACAGGUCAGUUAUCCAUUAGAGCUUAUAAAGAUUCAUAAUUAUUUGCAGUGUUUGGUUGCCAGCCAUAAUUUAAAUUUUAAUACAUAAAUUUUAUGAUAUAUU